UGCACCAGCGGUAAUUCAUGUAAAGUUGCUGCUAAAAGAAAGAGCAAAGUGGCCAUCUACAUUGUCGUCCCAGUACUUGUCAUUGUGGUGAUAGUAUCUGUGGCACUAGUAGCCUUUUGCCUGCUAAGACGGCGGAACCAGCAGCGAGGAUUGAUGAACAAGACCACAAUAAAGCCAGAAAACGAGGAAGAAAUGUCGACGGGCUAUGGCGAUGACAGUGAUUCGCUGCGGCUAGUUGAGAACCGCCGGUUCACGUAUGAGGAACUCGAUAUGAUAACCAAUGGCUUCCAGCGAGUGCUCGGCCGGGGAGGCUUCGGCAAUGUCUACGAUGGCUUCUUACAGGAUGGCAUUCAAGUGGCAGUGAAGCUACGGUCUCACUCCUCCAAUCAAGGAAACAAGGAGUUCCUAGCAGAGGCUCAGAUUUUGACCCGGAUUCAUCACAAGAACCUUGUCUCUAUGAUUGGUUACUGCAAGGACGGGGAGUACAUGGCACUUGUGUACGAGUACAUGGCCCAAGGAACCCUACGAGAGCACAUUGCCGGAAGCAACCACAACGGAAAUUUACCAUGGGGAGAGAGACUUCGAAUUGCACAUGAAUCUGCACAAGGGUUGGAGUAUCUACACAAGGGGUGCAAUCCACCCCUUAUCCACAGAGACGUCAAGGCCACCAACAUCCUACUGAAUGCAAGGUUGGAAGCCAAGAUCGCCGAUUUUGGCUUGUCCAAGGCCUUUGACCAGCACAACGACGCCUACAUUUCUACAAAUACACUUGUUGGUACACCCGGGUACGUCGAUCCGGAAUACCAGGCCACUAUGCAACCAACGACUAAGAGUGAUGUGUACAGCUUCGGCGUGGUGCUUCUAGAAUUAGUCACAGGGAAGCAGGCCAUCCUUUCGGAUCCAGAGCCCACAAGCAUCAUCUAUUGGGCACGGAGGCGACUGGCCCGAGGCAACAUCGAGAGUGUAGUGGACGCGCGCAUGCCCAGCGAUUACGAUGUGAACAGUGUGUGGAAGGUGACGGAGAUCGCCCUCAAAUGCACCGCACAAGCGUCGAAACAACGACCCACCAUGGCUGACGUGGUGGCACAAUUGCAGGAGUGCAUCGACCUCGAGGCAGGCCGUGCUCAUGGCUUGCACACCAGUGGUAACAGCGGCGAGGACUCGAGCUGGAAUUAUAAUGCUUACACUAGUACGCAGUCCGCUGAUGUGAGCAACGAUACUACAUUUGAGACAGAGCUUAGAAUGCCUACGGUGGUCACAGGUCCAGGUCCAGCUGCACGUUGA